AAUGACCAAUCACUCUUAGCUCUGUAAUCAUUCUCCUCGGUGACUCGGUUCUCAGUGUGCUAACGAACUGUUGCUCACACUCUCGGCGAGGCGCAAAAUAAGUCGCGCAUUGUAGCAUCGGCACAUUUAUCCACCAACCGCCCGAGAAUAAACACUUAUUCACCCGAAUUCUACGCAGCAUCACCGUCACCAGCGAUAAGAUGUACACCCACGUAGCGGUCCAUCGAUCGCACAUCACAAUGGCCGAUACGAAUCAAGCCAACGGUAGUGACGUCGUCGAUAACGUGAGCGUUGAGGUCGCGGAAAUGGCGCUAGAACCAAAAGAAUCAACCAAGACGGCAGAAGCUGCGGUGCCAAAAACACCGGAACCAGGCAACGCUAGCGAAGGAACGAACGGAACACCGCCAGCAGCCAAGCCUACACCAGCAGCCUCCAGUGCCGCGUUCAAGGAGCAGUUCAAGGCGUUCUCAAAGUUCGGUGACACAAAAUCGGACGGCAAGCACUUGACGCUGUCGCAAAGUGAUAAAUGGAUGAAGCAGGCCAAGGUCAUCGAUAAAAAGAUAACGACCACCGAUACGGGCAUUCACUUCAAGAAGCUGAAAUCGAUGAAGCUCACCUUCGAAGAUUACAACAAAUUCCUGGACGAUCUGGCCAAAACCAAGAAGGUGGAGCUGGAGGAAAUCAAAAGCAAAAUGGCCAACUGUGGUGCCCCGGGAGUGCAUAAUGCAACGCCCGGCAAGGCAGCCGAAACGGUUGCACGCCUUACGGACACUUCCAAGUAUACCGGUUCGCACAAGCAGCGAUUCGAUGAUAGUGGCAAGGGUAAGGGCAUAGCGGGCCGCAAGGAUAUGGUCGACCAGUCCGGUUACGUUUCUGGCUAUGGCCACAAGAAUACCUACGAUAAAACUCACUAAACACCGGACUGUUGCUCUACUACUCCUGCUGGUAACACACACUCAUUUCCACGCAACCAACGUGUGUAGGUGGAGUGAGAUACCCCAUGCUAGGUAGUACACUGUAAGCGCCCGUUUUUCUGUGCCGUGAUUGAAGUUCAAAUCCUAAAUGAAGAUAAUCAAAAAACCCGUAGAAAGCUGCUCGCAUCGCUGCAUUGUUUAGGAUCCGUUUUGAACUUGAUUGCGCCAUGGCUCAUGUCCCGUUCGUUCUUAUUUUCGUUUUUGGGUAACGAUAUAUCAACGACUCAUGGAAGGCGCAUCGUUUGUCUAGUCCCUUUGGUUUUUAUAGGAUAAGUACAAGCCAUUCUCACAAGGCAGAGUAAUGUUUCUUAUUCUUUCACUAAUCGAAUGAAACGAAAAUGUUUAAAUAGGUUUAUAAUUGGUGCAGUUCAUUGAUGAAAUUGUUAAAUUUUAACCCGUUUUCUGUAAGACAUGUUACAUUUGGAUCAUUAAGUACACAGGUAUUUUAAGAAGACCAAUCAAUCGGAUCGUACAUAUACCUUCUUCCCAUCCCCCUUCAGUGGAUCAUUAGAGAAAAAUCGUCUUCUAACAAGUAUAACGUACCGUUUUUUCCAUAUUUUUUGGGAUAAGAUUCUCGUCG